AUGGGCAAUAGGAAGAUGCCUUCUCCCGCUAUCAGGAAGCCACACGCCCCGCCUGAGGUGCCUGUUGAGUUGCCUGAGGCUGCAGCAGCAGAGACAGUGCCACAGGAGAAGAAAGAUGGGGAUGAGAACAAGGAAACUACUACUUUGGUAGAUGUCUGUGAACCAGCUCCGAAGAUGGAACUGGAAACAACUGAGGUGAAACCAGUGGAGGAGGAAGGUGUUCCAGUUGAGGUAAAGCCAAAGGACGAGAAAAAAGAGGUAUCAGAAACGGUAGAAGAAAAGGAGGCAGCAGAAACUGUUGAAGUAAAGGAGGUAGAUGGAAUAGAAGCACCCAAGGACAAGAAAGAGGAAGCACAAACUCAUGUCGUGCCAAAGGAGGAUAAGAAAGAAGAAUAG